AUGAUCGCUGAUGUCAUCUCCAAUUCUGGUUCACAUCGAGGUCGAUUCGACCCAUGGACAUCCCAAUCUCCCAAAUCAAACCCAUAUACCACCCUCACCAUCCAUCCACAUCCACCCCCCAACACCCUCAUCCAAACCCUCACCCUCCACCCCCAUCCCGAAGGCGGCUACUUGACCGAAACCGAUCGCAAUCCACAUAAUAUCCACCCUCCGCCCCCAUCAAUCCAGACAGAAACAACAUCAACCACCACAACAAUAGCAGACGAACCCUCCCUCCACGCCGCAAGUUCAACAAUCUUCUACCUCCUAACACCCACCGCCCCUCUAGGCGUUUUCCACCGUCACCAGGGCCGAAUAAUCCGUACCCUCCACCGAGGACGGGGGCGGUACGUGAUCAUCCACGCAGAUGAGGCUACAUGCAGGUCGGAAGAAUUCGAACAGGAUAAGGGUAAAAGUCAGACUAAGGCACGGCUGGAGAGCUUUGUGGUCGGACCUGAUGUGGCGCGUGGGCAGCGCUUGCAGUGGGUGGUGGGCGCGGGGAAGUAUAAGGCGAGUUAUUUGUUGCCGAAUGGUGAGAUGUCCAACAGGGAUCUAGCGGGGGGUGGGGGUGAGGAGGAGGGGUUGUUGAUUAGUCUAUUGAUGUCGAUAUUGAUAUACUUCUUGGUGAAGGUGGUCGUUCCGGGUUUCGAUUUUGCGGACCUCGAGUUUCUACGCAAAGACGAGAUGGACGAACUGCUUACUACAGAACAAGUGCGAGAACUUAGUUGGAUGGUGAAGAACCCCGAAGGAGAAGAAUAA